AUGGAAGCGCCAAACCAACCCAAUGGCUUGGGAACAUGGCGUCGCUACAAGCUCGGCCAGGCCCAAUUCACCAGCUGGCUAAAACAAACCGCCGAGAAGCUCGUCACCCGAAACAAAGACGGCGAAGCGAACACAGGGCCAGCAGCAGCAGCCGACGACGACGCAGCAGACCCAACACCACAGCAAUCACGCCGACAAAAGAAGAAAAAUACCAAAGACCCCAACUCCGGGGGAGGAUUCGGCCUGACCACCUCCCACGGCAAAUUCGUCCACUGGAGCCAACUCGAAGUUCUCGCCCAGCGCAUCGUCGACCACGCCACGCCCGAAGACAUCCCCGACGCAGCCCUCAACAUCCUCCGCGACGUAGUCGGGCUGCGCAAGAAGAGCUUCAGCUUCUUCAGCAGCUCAGCCAAGGAGUCACAAGACGAAAAAGUCAAGCAGAGCAACGCCAACCAUGCGCACAUUAUCAGCGUGCUCGAGCGUGUGCUGGCCAAGUUGGAGGCGCUGGCCAAGGCGGGGAGGAGCCGCAAGCGUGCGGAGAAAUCGGAGGAUAAAUCCCAGGUGACGACGGCGGACUUGAGUAAUAUGUUUGCGUACCUCGAGUUGCAGACAGGCACCACCGAUGCGGCGGGCGAGGAGCAGGCUGCUGCUGCUGCUGCUGCUGCUGCUGCUGCUGCUGGGGACGAGUCGGAGGGGGAAACUGCUGAGACGCAGCCGGACACACCGGGCAAGAAGCGGAAAGGAGACACGGCGUGGGUGGACAAAUUCCGGUUUGGGCUACCGGGCGAGGACGGCGACGAGGACGAAGACGACGAGUUCGACCUCUACAUGAUGGUAUACUGCUUCUUCGAGGACUUCAACGCCAUCCGCAACCACGUGGCCGAGCGGUGGUGCGACUACUGGUACGACCGGUCCGUCCCGCUCGACACGCUGGCGGUGAUCACCAACGCGGCGUUCGAGCUCUUCCACCAGCUCGAGUACGAUCUCGUGCGGGAGGUGCGGCCGCUCAGCCCGGCGCUGGCGCGGUACGAUUUCAUGAUGAGCAUGCUGUUUUAUCACUACGGCAUUGAACAUAUCGAUUACGACUCGUAUGACGAGUUGUCGGAAGCCGAAAAAAACGAGCGCAUCUGGCGGGACGAGGCGGAUUGGCUGGCGCUGGCGUCGCAUUUCACGCUGCAGCAGGCGCUGGAAAUGAUACCCCCCGGAAAAGUGCCGAUGAUGCCGCCGUCGCAGCGGUCGCCGACCGUGUACGGGGCCAAUUCGGUGGAGGAGUGGAAAAAGUUUGAAGGGCGGGUGACGCACCAGAUCAUUACCGAGGGGGCGCACUUGAAGGCGCUCAAGAUCAACGGGCAGGAACCCCCCGUGCUGCCGACAGAGUCGGUGCUGCUGUUGGACUUUCAGGAGUGCCUGAAGCGGAACAGCUACAACUCGUCUCUCAUCUUCUCGCUCCAUCUCUGGGUCGACAUCCGGAAUAUCAUCGAGACGGAUCACGAUAAACCAUUCGAGGAAAUGCAAAAGACAGGGAACAAACUGAUGCAAGCGCUGGAAGGGCACAACCCAACCAAGUAUGUCAAAGACCCCGACCUCAGGCGGACGUGGCUCGGCCGCACGUGGGAAGCAGAACACUACAUGGUGGAGGACUUUUUAUUCGACGACAAGAAGGCGCGACUGCGGCAGGUCGGCUUAGACGAUGACCCGGAGCCCUUCUUCCUGCUCAAGCACGAGCCGGUAUGGGCGGGCCUGCUUGAUUUCCGCGCGAGGUUAGUGCAUAGCCAGCUGGGACACGAAUUUGUCCUGCUAAGUUCUGUUGUGGAUGCCGCUGCGGGUCUGUACCACGCCGCUCGCGCAGCCGAUCCAACAAACGUCCGGGUAUGGACGGAGAUGCAGGCUUAUGCGUGGUUGGGGCCCGACCGGGGGGCGGGGAGUAUAAUCCGGGGGUUUGCGCAGGUGUGUACGAAGCCGGGAGAGGGCCGCCACAAAAAGGGCGCCCAGCCAGUGGAACUCGAGAAGUUUGUGUCGGCUGUCGCGGUGCGGGAGAGUCUGUAUCAGCGGUAUUGCUUUGAUGAGAGACGCAUCACGUUUGUGGAGUACCUUGGUGGGCUUACCGCGCAGCGAUUGCAGAUUCGGCGGAGCGAGGAGGAGAAGUUGCUCAAGGCACUUGAAUCUAUGGAUCUAGGCGGGGACGACAGCGGCGACGACAAUAACAACGAAAACGAAACCGAAAACGAAAACGGGAACCCCCCGAACGGUAACAGCAAACACCACGCCGACCAAACAGCCCUAGUGAAAUACACAGCCAGCAAACAACCCGAGACAGAACAAGACUACCAACGCAAAGCCGACCUCCUGCGGCUCUCGCCAGUCGAGAUGCUCCGCGUGCUCGACGAGACGGUGACGUCCCAGGUGGAAGGGCUGCUGACGCUGGAUUAUUUCGAGCUGUUUGACCGGUCUGUGGCGUUGCUGGAGGCUGUUGCGGAUGGGUUUGGGUCGGAGAUGGAGGCGGAGCUUGGGCCGAAGGAGGGGGAGUCGGUGAGGUAUCUUGAGAAGGUGCCUGUGAUAUUGGGGAGGAAGUUAAGUGAGGAUGGGGAUGGUGAGAGGGAGGGUGAGGUUGUGGGGACGUUGGUUGGGUGUGUGAGGGAGUUUCUUGGGUAG